UUUGCGCUGGAGACCCUUCACUACUGAGUAUCAAGACGAAGAAAACUGGAAACUGAUCGGAACCUUAUUCAGAGUCAGAAUGGAAAGAUUUGUAGUGACAGCACCACCUGCCCGAAACCGUUCUAAGACUGCUUUGUAUGUGACUCCCCUGGAUCGAGUCACUGAGUUUGGAGGUGAGCUGCACGAAGAUGGAGGAAAACUCUUCUGCACUUCUUGCAAUGUGGUUCUGAAUCAUGUUCGCAAGUCUGCCAUUAGUGACCACCUUAAGUCAAAGACUCACACCAAGAGGAAGGCAGAAUUUGAAGAGCAGAAUGUAAGAAAGAAGCAGAGGCCCCUAACUGCAUCCCUUCAGUGCAACAGUACUGCGCAAACAGAGAAAGUCAGUGUUAUCCAGGACUUUGUGAAAAUGUGCCUGGAAGCCAACAUCCCACUUGAGAAGGCUGAUCACCCAGCAGUCCGUGCUUUCCUGUCUCGCCACGUAAAGAAUGGAGGCUCCAUACCUAAGUCAGACCAGCUGAGGAGAGCAUAUCUGCCUGAUGGAUAUGAGAAUGAGAAUCAACUCCUCAACUCACAAGAUUGUUGACAAGGAGGUUACCACCAUUGUGAUCAAGAUAAAUGUGGAGUAUUAAAGUUAAAA